AUUUAUGAAACGUUCCCAAAUUUCCCAUGUUGGGGGAAGCUGUCUGACGUCCGUCAGCUGGUGGAGUACAGCGUGCAGUUCCUGCUUUCCGGCUCACUUUGAGUUGCAUGUGCCAUGCAAAAGUAUGAAAAACUUGAAAAAAUUGGCGAAGGUACAUAUGGCACAGUGUUUAAAGCAAAGAACAGAGAAACCCAGGAAAUUGUUGCCUUGAAAAGGGUGCGUCUUGACGAUGACGAUGAGGGUGUUCCCAGCUCAGCGCUCAGAGAAAUAUGCUUGCUUAAAGAGUUGAAGCACAAGAACAUUGUCAGACUUCACGACGUUCUUCAUAGCGAGAAAAAACUCACCCUCGUGUUUGAACAUUGUGAUCAAGACCUGAAAAAGUAUUUUGAUAGCUUGAAUGGAGAAAUAGACCUGGAGGUUGUCAAGUCUUUCAUGUUUCAACUCCUUCGAGGACUCGCAUUUUGUCACAGUAACAACAUUUUACAUCGGGAUCUGAAACCACAGAACCUUUUAAUCAACAAAAAUGGGGAGCUGAAGCUGGCCGACUUUGGACUUGCAAGAGCAUUUGGUAUUCCAGUUCGUUGCUAUUCGGCAGAAGUAGUCACCCUCUGGUAUCGCCCACCCGACGUCUUGUUCGGCGCCAAACUUUAUACCACCUCCAUCGACAUGUGGUCUGCGGGCUGCAUCUUCGCAGAACUGGCCAAUGCAGGAAGGCCUUUGUUCCCUGGAAGUGACGUAGAUGACCAACUGAAGAGGAUAUUUAAGCUCCUGGGGACACCUACUGAAGACGCGUGGCCGGGUAUGACACAGUUGCCAGAUUACAAGCCUUUUCCUAUGUAUCACCCAACAACCAGUUUUGCUCAAGUGGUGCCAAAACUGAGUUGUAAAGGAAGAGAUUUAUUACAGAAACUCCUAGUCUGCAAUCCUGCCAUUAGAAUGUCAGCAGACGACGCAAUGCAGCAUCCAUACUUCAGCGAUCUUCCCCCAUCAAUCAGGAACGGAUGAGUGUGUUAACUGAUGGGGGCCUAUGAAGGUGGGAAUAGCAUAUUUAGUUCCCAUCACAAGAAAAAAAGGGUGAAGAUCUGUUGAUCAGAAUCAUGGCAGUGGCCACGGAACAGUGGUAUCUCUGUACUGCAAAACAAAACGUUCAAUCCUUACUUACAAUAUCAAAGUAACCAUCAAUUAUUGCUGUAAUCUGCCAGCCUUUCGAGAUCAAAAUGUUCACCUUCUUUGGGGUUUCCAGAGUGGGAGAAUUUUGUCAGAAAUUGUCAGAAAAAAAUUUCAGGGACGAAUGGUUUCAGUGUUGAUGGUUACAGCAUGGUUAAUGCAGUGCACAACUUUAUGUAUCACAUUCACUGUCAUCAUCAUUCUCUAUCUGAAUAUUUAAACAAGAGACAUACUUGUCGUUUGAGUACUGUGAAGUCUAUACAAGAAUAAAACCUCCACAACAUAGUA